UCCCCACCACAUCACCACUCCAUGCACAUUCUAAGUAAAGGGUUCAGGUUUUAUUUUUGGACUGCUAUGGAGCAAGAGCCUUCCAUUUUGGAGGAAGGGACGAUAGUUGAGCUUAACAUGAGUCUCUUGUUCUGAUACUCCAGGCUGGGAGAAGCAGGCAGCAGCCAGUCGCCCCAACCAGCAGAAACACAGGGGACUCUUUUUGAAGUGAGCCAUCUGUUAUCUGUUAUCUGUCUUGGGGGCUGACAUUUUUUAUGGCUGUAAAUAUCCGCAACGUUGCCCAAGCAGGCCUGCUUUCCCAGCAGUACCCACCCCCCCUACUUCCCAAACCUGGAAAAGAAAAUGUCCGGCUCCAGAAGUUACUUAAGAAAAGUGCUAAGAAAAAAGCUGCUACCCAGGCUUCCCAGACACCUGCUCCUUUCCGCUCAUGCCUCUCUCCAGUAACUGAGGCCAGUCCUGAUCUAGAGUACAGUGAUCACUCAACUCCACCCAAGACACCAGAAACACCAAUCUAUGGAGGUACAGUGCACCCACGUUUCAACAUCAGGCCACUGUAUCAGCAUUCAUCAUCCCCUUACCCUCAUCAUGGCAGCAGUUCUUACAUCACACCAGCAAGGUUCUCCCCACAGCCCUAUGUUACACCACAACAUUCGGCCACUCUAUUUUCAUACACAACUCCCCCCACACCUGCUGGUGCACCAUUAAUUCCUUCUUAUACAGCAACAUCCAUAACUGUUACAUCUGUAAGUAGCACAUCAGAGAUAAUCCAGCCUACUGCUACAAUACCAGUUUACAUAGCAAUAAAGCAAACAAAUAAUGUUCUGCCUACACCUACUUUUAUCAUCUCUAAAGCUGCAAGUCCUCAGCCAACCUCAAAACCUAUGUUUGAUGUUCCCCAAAUUACAAAUUACACUUCUAAAUUAGCAACAUUAAAAACCUCCCAGUAUACAUCCUCACCAACAAUGCCAAGGAGUAGAACACCCACUGCUGAGGUGCUACGAGUUCCGACGCCAACAUUUGAAGUUAGAAGGAUUGUCACACCAACCUCAGAAUUAAAGAGAGAGAAAACACCAACUAGAGAAAUCAAAAGAGUCACAACACCUACAUCUGAAAUUAAAAGGGUUUUAACACCCACAACUGAAAUUAAAAGGGGUUUAACACCUACAUCUGAAAUUAAAAGGGUUUUAACACCUACAACUGAAAUCAAAAGGGUUUUAACACCUACAAGUGAAAUUAAAAGGGUUUUAACACCUACAAGUGAAAUUAAAAGGGUUUUAACACCUACAGCUGAAGUCAAAAGGGCUAUAACACCUACAGCUGAAAUGAAAAGGGGUAUAACACCUAUGGCUGAAAAUAAAAGCAUUGUAACACCUACAGCUGAAAUUAAAAGGGGUGUUACACCUACAGCUGAAAUUAAAAGGGGUGUAACACCUACAGCUGAAAUUAAAAGGGGAGUAACACCUACAGCUGAAAUUAAAAGGGGAGUAACACCUACAGCUGAAAUUAAAAGGGGUGUAACACCUACAUCUGAAAUAAUCACAAUUUCUGAAAUAAAGACUGUGACUACUCCAGCUUUUCAGGUUAUGAGAGGUACUACACCAACAUCUGAGAUUAAAAGUGAUACAACACUUAUGACUGAGACAACAAGGGGCAGAACCCUGACAAGAACAAGGACACCAACAUUUGAUCUUUCACCAUCAAAAACUCUAUCAGGGCGACCAAAAACACCAUCAUAUCAUGUUUCACCUGCUAGGACACCUGUUAUAGAGAUUUCAAGACCCAACCCACUCCUAUUUGCUGUCUCUCCUGUGUAUAUGGAGGGCAGAAGAUCCAAAACACCAACUUCAAGUUUAGUUGGUCCAAGUGAAGAAAUUCCUCAAGAAACUGAGAAAAUACAGCAAAAUAAUCUUUCAGAAUCCAUACAAAAUUGUGAGGUCCAUAUCAAAACAUUUGAAACUUCAGAAGCAACACUGCCUUCUGAAAAGCCUGGAGAACCUGAACUAUCAAAGCCAAAGUUCAUAGUAGAAGUUUCUUCAAAAACUACAGAGACCACUGAAUCCCAAAGCUCAAAGACCAGCAUACAUGAAGGCCUUAAACCUCUAACUCCUAUAGUUGAACAUCAAAUUCCCCAAACACCAAACUCUGAGUUUUCUGGACCUGUUAAACACAUAAUUGGGUAUAAAACACCAGCUGAACCUCAGUUUGCAGGUCAAAAACCCAAAACACCAACGUUAAAAUCCAAAUCAAAAUAUUAUGGAUUAACCCCAGCUGAAUAUGUUGCUUUUGGAGGAAUACAAAGUUAUACACCUACAUUUGGUAUUUCUAGAUCUAUACAACAUGCCACUCCAGAAAAGGCAACACAAGGGCCUGCUUUGAAAGAGAGGCCAGAGAGUCCCAAGACAGCAGUGGAUAAAAUCUCGUCAUCCAUUUCUCCUGCAACUGAAAAUGUAACUCCUGUUGCCCCAAUUGCUGAAAUCUCAGAGACCACAAUGCGAAAAGUAGAGGCAGUGCCAAAAGUGGAGCAAGAUGUUUCUACAUCAGAGAGAACGGAAACAAUGUUAAAAGCCACUGAAGUUCCUGGUGUGAAAAUUCCAACUAUUGUUGUAUCUAAAGUUGACACACCACUGUCAGAAGCUUACAUGACAGUGGCCUCUACUCCUUUUACACAAAGAGUCAGCACUCCAACAUAUGACAUGUCUAAACCAAAGACAGUGUCACCUGUAUCUUUAAAGGAAACUCCUAAACCUGAAACCCAGCCAAUAUCACCAUCUGUAAAAACUGUGAAAGCUAUAACACCUGACCAAAAUGCAGAAAAAAGCUCAAAGCCAACAAAUGUAAGUAUAAUACCACAGAAGACACCAGACUCUCAUAAGUCUUUACUGGAGAAGAUUAAAGAACAAAAAUCUUUAUCUGCCCAACCUCCAACAAAGGCUCCUGAAAUACCUGUGACUGAAACAAUAGAAGAUAAGCCUCUGGCCAAGUCAAAGGAUGGCCAGAAGGACAAAGUUAAACCUGGUGAAGAUGAUUUAUCAACACCAAAAGACAGCAUACCAAAGGAGGCUAAGUCAGAAAAUGAGGAGAACGGCAUUCUCCCUGCUGCAGAGCCUCUCCUAAAGGCCUUUCAGAAACCAAAAGGCAUGAAGUCAAAACUCAGCGGUUGGUCUCGUCUCAAGAAACACCUAGUGGUGGAGGUGGAGGAACCCAAGUUUCCUGUUUCUGAGCCAGAACUGAAGCAAGAUGUCAUUGAUGGAACUGCUCAGGAAACAAGUGAGCAGGAAAAGCAAGACAAAGAAACAGAUAAGGCUAUUGAAAAAGAGAGUAAAGAUGCCCCUAGGGCUGCAAAAAUGUGGGACGCUGUCCUCUUCCAAAUGUUUGCAACCAAAGAGAGUAUCAUGCAACAGAUUGAAGGCAACAAAACUGAGCAGCAAAAGAAAGAAGAAUCUAAAACAGAUAAAGAGAAAGAAAUCCCUGCAUUUGCACAUCGCCUUCCAGUUCUCCUGUACAGUCCUCGAUUUGAUGCCAGGAGACUGAAAGAGGCAGCUUCUCGACCAGUGACAAAGAUUGCAACAGUGUUUGAGAUGGGUCUCAUAGGCCGCAAAAAUAAAGAGGAAGAACCAAAAGACUUUAAUAGAACAGCUAAAGGGUUUUCUACUAUGAAAACUACCAUUGUCUAGGUGAUAAGUAAUGGACUUGCCAAUUAUACUGUAUUUUUCCAGUAAUUGUGUACAGUUCUGUUUAUCACAAUUCAACUAUCUUAAAGUUGAACUUUAAUAAGAAAGUGAAUGUAAUGUGUUUGUAUGAAUUACACAGAGAAUUCAUGGGAAAAGCAUUUUGUUUUACCUCAUUAACACUGUAUUAUUCUGAAAGUAAGAUACAGUAAAAUGUGGUAAAAAAUGUGGUAAAAAAAUGAAAUGAUUGAGUGUUCAGAGCUUCUUUAUUUUAUAAACAAUCUCUGAAAUUCCUUGAUCGACAUGAGGAUAUACAGUUGUAAACUCAAAAUUAGUUUUAGAAUAGAAAAUAUCUUAAAUAGAAAAUGCAAAUUUGAUUUACAGGCAUCAUGGAGUCUUCACUGUAUUCAUUCAAAAUACACUACACUCACUGUCCACUUUAUUAGGAACAACUGUUAUCCAAACAGCCAACCUACUGGCUGCAGCACAAAGCAUAAAAUCAAGUGUUUCAGUGCCCAUGGUUGUGUCAUAUUCCUGUUCUUGCAUGACAGCAGUGGAUGUGUAAAUGUGGACAGCAAUGUGGACCAUCCACCUUAAUGCAGAAAGAGUUGUGCUGCUGUUUUUACUUCUCACACAAACAAUGUGUUUUUGCCUUCAGAACUGCUGCUCACUGGAGGUUUUUUUGUUAAAUCUCUACACUCUAUACACUGUGUGUAAAAAUCUGAGAAAUAAGGCACUUUCUAAAAAAUAACUCACACCAGUCUGUCUGCCACCAACAACCUGAGUUACUGAGAUAACACUUUUUUCCCUGAUGCACUUAGCCUGUACCUAGAUGAUUUUAUGUGAAACACCGCUAGCACUUGAUUGGCAGUAUACUGUAACUGCAGGAAUGAGCAAGUAUAAAGAUGUUCCUAACAAAGUGGCCAGUGAUUAUUUCUCAUAUAUAUAUAUAUAUAUAUAUAUAUAUAUAUAUAUAUAUAUAUAUAUAUAUAUAUAUAUAUAUAUAUAUAUAUAGUGUACUCAAACUGGUUCUUUUCAAUGUUUCCCUUUGUUUUGUUUUGUUUUGUUUUGUUUUUUGUUACUUUACUUGUUGCUUUGUAUAGUGAUGCCUGUGAGACAAAGGUCUGACUGUAUGUUCAGUGAAGAAAGAGUAUUUACGAGAUGUUUGAAAGUUGUAGCUGGAUAGGUGAAAUGGAGACAAGUGAGAGAUAAUAGAAGUUAAUAGAAUAAUAGAACUUGGAAAUAAAGGAAAGUCUGGAAAAGAGAGUAUGAAAAACAGUCUGAACAUACCACAGAUCUUAUAUGGAAAUGAUGACUAGAGCAGUUCUAAAAGAAGCUUUAUGUGACUAAAAUGUGUCAAGCAGCUUACAUUGGGAAAAUGGUUACAUGAAUGUGUGUGUGUGUGUGUGUGUGUGUGUGUGUGUGUGUGUGUGUGUGUGUGUGUGUGUGUGUGUGUGUGUGUGUGUGUGUGUGUGUGUGUGUGUGUGUGUGUGUGUGUGUGUGUCUGUCAUUAUAAAUCAGAAUGGGUACACAUUCUCUGUAUGGUAUGUAAAAUACUUUGCAUUUUAAGGUGCUAGAUUACAUGUUUUAUAUUUUUUGUAAUAAAAUUGCUCAUUUGGAGAA